UAGGUGAGAUGAGCGGACGGGCCGCAUCCUCUGAGGAGGUACCAUCGUUAGGACCGUUAACUCGGGCGGCGCCGAGUUAAAAUGGUUGAUAUCCGACCCGAAAAGUAUACUGAAACUCUUUUGAGCGUCGUCAACAUCGUCCUUCAAAUCACGCCCACUGCAAACUCCCCAUCUUAGUGGUCAGUUCUGCCUGCCGGUUGGUCAGAAGUUAAACUGAAGCCAUGGCAGUGAAGGACCGCGUGGAGGCGGUGCUCAAUGUGGGUCUGCGUGUCCCCAGCAUCAUGCUGCUUGAUGUCCUGUACCGCUGGGAUGUCAGCUCCUUCUUCCAGAAGAUCCAGCGCUCCAGUCUCUCCAACAACCCUCUGUUCCAGUACAAAUACCUGGCACUCUACCUGCACUAUGUUGGUUACAUCCUGAGUUUGGUGCUCCUGACUCUGCCACGUCAGCACCUUGUUAAGCUCUAUCUGUAUGUCCUCACGGCCCUGCUGCUGUUUGCUGGUCACCAGGUCUCCAGGGAUUAUGUCCGCAGCGAGCUGGAGUCUGGCUAUGAAGGACCUGUCUACCUGGAACCUCUUUCCAUGAACAGAUUCACUACUGCACUCAUAGGCCAGCUGGUGGUGUGUACGCUUUGCUCCUGUGUGAUGCAGACCAAGAGGAUCUGGCUUUUCUCUGCUCACCUUCUCCCCUUGGUGGCCAGGCUAUGUCUGGUCCCACUGGAGACCAUUGUCUUCAUCAACAAGUUCUCCAUGAUCUUCACCGGUCUGGAGGUCAUCUACUUCCUGGCUUCUAACCUGCUGGUGCCGUACAACCUGGCCAAGACCGCCUACAGGGAGCUGGCUCAAGUGGUGGAGGUGUAUGGUCUGCUAGCUUUGGGCAUGUCUCUGUGGAACCAGCUGGUCCUUCCAGUGCUUUUCAUGUGUUUCUGGCUGCUGCUGUUUGCCCUGCAGAUCUAUUCCUACUUCAGCACCAGAGACCAGCCUACCUCAAGGGAGAGGCUCCUGUUCCUCUUUCUUACCAGUAUUGCAGAGUGCUGUAGUACACCCUACUCCCUGCUGGGACUCGUUUUUACCGUGUCCUUCAUCGCUCUGGGAGUCCUCACACUCUGCAAGUUCUACCUGCAAGGCUACAGGGCCUUUAUGAAUGACAACACCAUGCACAGGGGAAUGACAGAGGGCAUCACCCUGCUGAUCUUGGCUGUCCAGACUGGCCUCAUCGAGCUGCAGGUCAUCCACCGAGCCUUCCUCCUCUCCAUCAUCCUCUUCAUCGUCGUUGCCUCCAUUCUGCAGUCCAUGCUGGAGAUAGCAGACCCCAUAGUCCUGGCCUUGGGCGCCUCCAGAGACAAGAGUUUAUGGAAACAUUUCCGGGCAGUGUCUCUGUGUCUGUUCCUUCUGAUCUUCCCAGCCUACAUGGCCUACAUGAUCUGUCAGUUCUUCCACAUGGACUUCUGGCUCCUCAUCAUCAUCUCCUCCUCCAUCCUGACCUCUCUCCAGGUCCUUGGCACCCUGCUGAUCUAUGUUCUCUUCAUGGUGGAGGAGUUUCGCAAAGCUCCAGUGGAGAACAUGGAUGAGGUUAUUUACUGCGUCAACGGUACCUACCGCUUGCUGGAGUUUCUGGUGGCGGUGUGUGUGGUGUGCUACGGUGUGUCGGAGACGGUGUUUGGGGAGUGGAGCGUGAUGGGCAGCACCAUUAUCUUGGUCCACUCCUACUAUAAUGUCUGGCUGCGGGCCCAGCUGGGCUGGCAGAGCUUCCUGCUGAGGAGGGACGCUGUCAACAAGAUCAAGAGUCUGCCCACCGCCAGCAAAACACAGCUGGAACAGUACAACGACAUCUGCGCUAUAUGCUACCAGGACAUGAAGAGUGCAGUGAUCACCCCGUGCAGUCAUUUCUUCCACGCUGGCUGUCUGAAGAAAUGGCUUUAUGUCCAGGAGACAUGCCCGCUAUGUCACUCACAACUUAAGAGCCAAUCACCAGCCACCACUGGUCCCGCCCAAGAUAUCCCGUCAGCCAAUCAAAGCCCCGCAGAGCAGGGAGAACCCUCCUCCAGAGGAGAGGAGAAAAACUGUGCUUCUCCGGAUGAGAGGAGAGAGGGAGAACCUGGAGAGGAGAAAGGAGCGAACGGACAUUCCUCAUCAGCUGGAGAGACCUCCUGCUCUUCCUCUUCAACCUCCUCUUCCUCCAGUGUGCUGUCUGCUCCCCAGCACUCCGCCAAGGCCUCAGUCAGCCCAGGCUGCCCUUCCUCAUCUUCAUCAUCACCCCCCUCCUCUCCUCCUGUCCCCUCUGAUUCCCUGGAGAGCCAGACUCACACCACAACAAAGCCUCCCCUGUCGUCUUCCUCCACCUCUUCAUCUUGCUCCUCUUCUCUUGACAUCUCGGACACUCCCCCCUCUCAUGCAUCUCCCUCACACUCCCACCCUCUCUCCAUUUGCUCUCAGUCAGCCUCACAGCCGCAGCUGCAGGCAGAAGAGUCCACUCAGCCCGCCCCCCAAGUCACUCCAGGGUCCCGACUGGACAGCCAGGAUUCAUGCAGCCAGACCACUGGUCCAUCGCUUCAGCCUGACCCACCCUCUCCUUCUCCCCCCUGCAGCCUCUGAGCCACAACAUAGCACACACACACACACGUACAUACAUGCAUGCACAUUUAAACACACAGUUUGUCUAGAUGCUCCAUUCGCCAAUAUUCUGCCUCCUGUAUUGUACUUGUCCAGCCUAAUGUCAUCGGCUGUCCUAUCAUCUUUGCAUCAGAUACGUGGUUAAGUCUGAAGAGUUGAAUUCCAAACAAAAUGCUCCAUAUCUAUUUUGCAAGGAAAAAAAACAGUCUCCGUAGAAAUUCAUCAUCCAGCAUUUAGAGAAACACAAAUGAUUCCAUCCUCAAAAAAUGCUGCUGUUUCAUAGGCAGGAGUCAUAGAACAGCUUGUAACUUAAAUGUUUUUCCAUGAUGAGUUUUACUGACAUGCCAGCAAUGAUUUCAUUAGAGUAGACAUAACUUUUUCCAUGUGCUGGGAUGUUUUGUUUUGGAAUGAAACUCAUUUCUACGACCACACACACAAUAUCCCAAGAUGUGAUGAUCAGGAAAGCGGUAAUGUACGUAACUGGGAGCUCUGUGUCCAAAAAAUGUGAAAUCCUGGGAAAAAGGUGAAGAACUGCUCUGCUCAGUGUUCCUAUUUCCUACUUUCUUACAUUGACCUGAGGCAUGUUACAUUUCUAAAAAUCUCAAGUCCGCUUCAUUUCACUCCCAGACAUUUCAUGUGGCUGUUGCUCCUAUCCUGCCUUUCUCCGUGCAGCUUGACUCACACUGCUGUACAUUUCAUGAUGUUUGGGUUUUGUCUAUAGUUUUGUAUACGUGCCAUGGUUGGUAGGGAAUGAGGUAGGGGUUAAUGGUUUAAUGACCCUUAAUGGAUUUUCAGGAUGACUGAUGAUUACAUAUUAAAUAGUGACAAAGUCUUAUCAUUUUCAAAGGUCUGAAAAGAUCUCCAUCGGUUCUUGAUGAAGAAUAUUGAUUUCCACUAUUGGUAGUCUGGUUGAUACUGGGUAUUGACAGAGACUAUCAGUAUUAAUUAAUACUGAGCAUUAACAGAGACUGGCUGUUGUACCUGAAGCCCGGUGCUGAGCUGAAGAUGCCAGAUUUUGUCUUGUGUUGCAACGUGAACUCGGUGGGCUCGUGUGGAAGCAGCGCUCUGUAAUUCUAGUUUCAGUUGUGUCCUUCUUCAUUGAUACUGCUUUGGUAUCUACAUCAAAAUUGUUUGGCUGGUCCCAGCAAAAACAAUUAUGGUCCUAGUGCUGUCCCACAGUCGCCAAACUUUUGUAUUGUUAAAGGAAACAUUUUUUUUAAGGAUAAUUUUUUAUGACAUUACUACUUUAUUGGACAGCAUACAGUGUAGAUGGACUGGAAACAAGGAAUGGGGGCAAGACAUGCAACAUAGGGCCACGGUUUGGAUUUGACCCUGUAACAACACAAGCGUGUGGCGAUCACCUUAGCCCAGUGAGCCACCAAGGAGCCCAAACUUGGUUCUUUUCAUUGUAUUUACCUCAUUCAGCAUAUGCAUUAUAGCACUUAAUCCCACUUCAAGCACUCACAUACCCCCACCCAGUCUAUCCCAGGCUAGCCAUAUGGACCCAAAGGAACCAGUUGCCCCACUUUUGCUGGCUCCUUUUAAACCAAUCGCAUCAAUCCAUCUGCUCUAUUUAAGACCAUCAUAUAUGCUCAAUCUCUCCCAUGACUCUGUGCAACAUUACAACCAGCAAAUUGAGCCAUUCAAUCGGAAAGAGCUUUUGUUUCCCCUGCAUCCUGCACACAAAAAUACACAUACACUCAGAGUCUGUUCCUGCAUCCAGUGGAUGCAGGACUAGGAGAGGCGAGAGUGUUGAGUCUGUUAGCAUUUGAUUGGCAGACAUAAAAACUUGAUAAUGUUGAGGCUUGACGCACGCUUAGGGCUUGCACGCUGCCACUGUUUGUUACCACAGCAUCUGUUUGUUUGUCCCUAAUGUUCUCUAACCUUGCGACUGAUGUUAUGUGUUUUUUGCCAUUACUUUAUUAUUAUUGUUUUUGUUUUGGGUUGCAUUUGCACUAAUGUCAUUUAUACUAGCAGUGCUCCAAAGCUGUCCCGUGGCUGUCCGCAACCAAAUACCCUCUGGUGUGUUUGUAUAGAAGGAAACAGCCCAUUCUGUUUGUGUUUAAUGUAUAUAAAUGUUGCUCUAUACGGCAUCUAUAUUAAACCGGAGGAGUGUUGAUAUAUAAAAUAUGAUCUGGGCUUGACUUCUCCAACGCAUCUUAGUGUUUGGAUUGCCUUUGAUACUUAAAAAGGUCGAAGAACUAAGACAAUCUGGGCUAAGAAUGUUUGGGAAACCAAACCCGCAGAUCAGUUUGACCAGCCAGUGUUACUGCCUCUCCAGUCUGCAUGAUGCAGCCUCAAGCUGGUGUGAACACUCCGGUGCCCUCUACUGGUAGGAGUGGGAACAGCAUGGCGCAGAUGGACAGGAGACGCACUAGCUAACCCUCAGCAGUAUUACUACUACUAUUACUAAGGUUCUUAUUACUGUUACCUUUACUGUUCACAUUGGUAAGCAUUGGCCCCAGGGCUGAGAAUGAAUACAUGACCAAUGUAGGAUCAUCAAACCUGACCAGUGCUGUUUGUGUAAUUUUGUUUUCAUUUCCUUUUUUUCUUUUUUAGAGAUGAAAUGUAGAGUUUGGUGUAUUUUGCAUAUGUUCUUUUGAAAGGUGAACUUAAGGACUUAUUCUUUAAGGACUUUUUUUUUUAUUAUUAUUAUCAUUGGAGUUUUUGAUCCAUUCCUCAUAGAACUAGGUCCAAAAAACUGCGUUUGACAUGGUUACUAAUAUUUGAAAAACUUCCUGCACAUGAGGUUUUCCUUCAAUCUCACACAGAGACAUCACUUGCAAGACAAACUGUCAAAUGCUGAGCAGGAUGACGAGUGUCGUUGGCAGAUCCAUUGUUAUGGAUGUUGUCUCAUAGAAUUUACACCACAGUACUGAAACAGGCAAAAGUAAGGACUGUCAGCUAUUGAUUCUGCUAAUGUCUUUGCUCUGACAUAAAACCAUGUUAAAAAAAAAUAAUAAUAAUAAUAAUAAUUACAGUUGUUGCAGUCACUUUUAACUGACACUAGGACAGUUUACCUUACCUAUAUGUUAUCUAAGCUUGAAGUUUAACCACCAUCUGAUAGCUAGGUAUUUUUCCCAGUCACGUUCAAGGGACUGCAUUUAGAGCUUAUCAGAAUGUUUUCUUAGAUAUGAGAGCAAACUCUUUUGCAUUCUGUCGCAUGGCUGGAAGGUUUCAGCUGCAGGAUGGACUUCGUGUGAAAUAGAUUGAUGCAACUAAUUUGAUUUGUAGUCCAUGAACUAGUAUGCUAACCAAAAUCUCAACCCCACUAUUCCUCUAUGCAAGAUCACUUUAGCAUUGUAGUUCCUCCUGUCUGAAGCUUUGAGAAAUCUUCAGAUUUCUUAAAUGUAUUUCUCAGAAUGUAAAAUACAUAAUUUUGUGCCACCGACCCAUCUACAACUUAUCAAUUUAACAUCCAGGUAUGUUUUGAUAAUGAGUCUUGAUCAGUCUCACUUGUAAAAUGAUGGCAUUGAAAACAAACUUAAAGUCACUGUUGUAAUAUUUAUGCUUUUACUGUUAUUGUAAUCUUUAAAUUUUGACGUCUCCAUUUAACUUCAAACAGAAAGCAAGACCUGAAGGCCAACAGCUGGUAUGGUAGCUCAAAGCCUCACAUUUAGUUAAGAGCAUUCUCCUGUUCCAUGAGACAGUCCGUCCCACAGCUGAAAUCCUUUUGAGCCAAGUUUGUAGUUGAAUGUUUUCCUGAAUAAUCUUAGUACUCUAAUUGGUGAGACUUGUUAUGAUCACGGACAUUAUUGUGUUGAAAAUGAAAGCACAUAUGGCAUUGCAGUCAAUAGCUGGCACGAGGUAGAGUGGCCACAUAUGUAUUCUUUAAUGAAUUUUUAAUGUGCAUUAAGCAAAAGAACCCAAGUCGGCGCCACUGUCCCAACACUUUUGCCACAGGAGUCACGUGUAUUGAGAUUCGCAGGUCUGAUCCUGGCCAGGGCUGCUCUGAGUGAGACACCCUGCAGAUUUAUUUUCUGAUCACCAAUUUUCUUUUUGACUGUUUAGUUUUUUUUCCACACAUAUGCAUUAAGGACCUGCUCUGUAAAAACCUGAUUCUGAAUGCCAGUUGUAUUCUGUUGAACGCUCCAUGGUUUUUGGAAUUUAUGCCUGGCGUUGCCUUGGUUAUUUUACAAAAACUGAAUGUCAGAAAUAAAAUGAAUCAUCCACUCUG